AUUGUACUAGUGCAGCAGUGCAGCCGAAAAGAACGGACCCAUGGUUUCGCAAGACCUGUCAUUACGCCGGUUUCGCUGACAAGAGUGCAUCCGCACCCGCGCGAAAUUCCUAGACUCGAAAUUCCUCGUGUAAUAAGCGAUUAGCGAGAGCGCCAUGAUGCGCAUGAUACGGUGAGUGUUUCGACUCACGCGGUCCCGGUCAGUUCCGUGCAUUCAAUAUGGCUGGUCGAGGUGGUUACGACGAUUCAAGAGAUUAUUCCAGUGGUCACCGUAGCAGAAAACCAUUACCGACAGAACCUCCAUAUACAGCAUAUGUAGGAAAUUUGCCAAAUGGAAUUGUGCAAGGUGAUGUUGACAAAAUUUUCGAAAAGCUUAAUGUCAAAGUCAUCAGAUUGGUUAAAGACAGAGACACCGACAAAUUUAAAGGGUUCUGUUAUGUCGAAUUUGAAGAUCUGUCCGACUUGGAAGCAGCAUUGGAAAUGGAUGGAGCAGUAGAAGUAGAUAAAUGCCUGAUUAAGAUUGAUGUAGCAGAAGGAAAGCGAAAUGAUCGAGGUGGUGGUUUCGAUAGAAGAGGUCGUGGUGGCAGCGGUGGUGGAAGCGGAUUUAAAGGACGAGAUUCUGGUCGUAGCGGAUAUGGCGAUGAUUUUGAUAGUAAAUCUACAUAUUCUAGAUAUGGUGAUAGAGGCCCACAUGGAGGUAGUAGGCAAAGUAAUGAUAGAUGGGAUUCUAGAAGUAAUAGAGGCAAUUAUGGUCAAUUUAAUGACGACACAGGUGGAAAUCGCGAGUGGUCACGAAGUGCAUCUAGCAGAUCAUAUAGUAAUAAACCUCCAUUACGUGCAACCGGUUCGGAUCGAAAACCCUUCCCUGAUGACUCUUUUCCAAAAGAUGCUCCCCCUCCAGAUACUACUGGAAGAAAACGUUUGGAGUUGAAACCGAGGACCGUAAAAGAACCUGUAAAUGCAAUGGCCGAAUCGAGUAAAACGAGUUCCAUUUAUGGAGGUGCAAAGCCUCGAGAAGAAAAAUUGAAAAUGUUGGAAAAGUAAAAUUAAUGAUAUCAUCAAUAUAGUCUCAAUUUCCCUAAAAAUUAAGGGAAAAACUGAAA